AACCCUUCGUUUCAGCCUCAUUUCAUCCAUGAAUAGCCAAUAUAUAGGAACCGCAUCGGAUUUUCUUCUUCUAAAAAUAAAAGGGUUUUUGAUUCCCUUUAUUUCCUUCUUUAUUUUUCAAUCCUUUGUUUGUUUGGCGCAAAGAUAUAGGUGGGAGAUCAAGCCAGAUGGGUCGUGUUAAACUGGAGAUUAAGAGAAUAGAGAACAACACAAAUCGGCAGGUUACCUUUUCAAAGCGUAGGAAUGGACUCAUUAAGAAAGCUUAUGAGCUUUCCAUCCUUUGUGACAUUGAUAUUGCCCUCAUCAUGUUCUCUCCCUCCAGCCGUCUCAGUCAUUUUUCUGGCAAGAGAAGGAUUGAAGAUGUAUUUACUCGCUAUGUUAAUCUUCCUGACCAAGAAAGAGAACAUGCUCUAUUUUUCCCUGAACAAAGCAGACAUCCUGAUAUUCAAAAUAAAGAGUAUCUGCUAAGGACUCUACAGCAGCUAAGAAGUGACAAUGACAUUGCUCAACAACUAGCCAAUCCAUCGGCUAUUAGCUCUGAUAUUGAGGAACUACAGCAGGAAAUUGGAAGGUUACAGCACCAGCUUCAAGUGGCAGAGGAACAGCUAAGGACAUAUGAACCUGAUCCUCUAAGGUUUACAUCUAUGGGGGAGCUAGAAUCCUGCGAGAAACAUCUUGUUGACACAUUAACUUGUGUCCUGCAAAGAAAGGAAUUUUUAUUAAGCAACCAUCUAUCUUCUUAUGAUCCAUCAGUUACACAGCAAGCCCUACCGGUAUCUUUUGAGAAUGAGGUUGUCAGUUGGUUGCCUGAUGGCAGUCACAACCAAACCCAACUUUUUGAUGCAGCUGCUUCUUUAAAUCCAUUCAGGGAUCUUUCAUCGACGGUGUAUGAACAAUUACUGCAAGCAGCCAACUCGAACAUGGACCUACACAGCAUCGACGAGUGCCACGCCACAAACCCAACCGGCGAAAGCUUCACAGCGUGGCCUUCGGCGUUCGCUUCCACUACGCUGCCACCACCGACCCUGUACUCUCCUCACGUCCAGCUUACCGGGCAGCAGCAUGGGAUGGACGUGGGCGCAGAGAUACCGGAAAUAAUGCCGCAGGAGAAGGUGGAAUUUCCGAUGGCCGGCGGUGGACAUGCAGAGGCGGAUAAAGAAGAUUCAAAUUAUGAGAACAGAAUUGCUCAGCGUAAUGGCAAUGAUCCAUAACACAUGCAUAAUGCCAAUUCUUCAUGCUUAUGAAAGUUGUUUGUUUUAGUACUCAAAGAUUUGUGUAAGAAUCAAAAUUAAGUGUAUCCUGCAAAAAUGUAACUUUGACUUCAAUGAUUUGUUUCAAAUUCUUUAAUUAGUCUUUACAUCAGAAAAUGUUAGAGAUUAAACAGUACUAUAUUAC